CUAUCUAAGAUAGAGCUACGCAAACUGAAAUUGGCAGAAUACCUCGAGGCAAAAGGCAGACUGAAAGCACCUAAUCCAAAACCGUAUCUCAAGGAGAAGCCUGUAACAAAGAAACAUGCUGAAAAUAACCAGAAGUCCAAAACUACGGCUGAAGGAAAGGAGAAUUGUGGCACAAAUAUAAAAGAAGUGAAGAGAGUGAAAACUCUGGCAGAGGUUGAUAAAAACACAUCCUCUGAAAAAGGACUUGGUGUCAGUUCGCUAGCCAAAGCCCAAACGCAGAGGUUGAUUAAUUCACGUAAUGCUUGAAGGGAAUUAGUUUGUGUUUCGAGGACACGGAGCAACAAAAUAGCUUCUCUUCAGAUUCCAAGCAAACCACCCCACAAUGCCGAGGAAACCGCUGCGCCGCUCAAGAGGACUCGUUCACAAAGCGUCCAACACAAAGCUCAGCAUGCUUCCCAAUCCCAAGCUGCAAAUACAAGACAAUCCCGUCUUGUUUCCAUCUGUAACCCUUCACAGUCUGGACGGGUCACCUCGGCCCUCAGAAGCACACAUCCGAGCCGCUCCAUUCAGUCAACAAGGCCUUCAGCUCAGAAAUUACCUGAAACGAGCGUCAAAUCAACCUCAGCUGCCGAUUUGAAAAGUCAAAGACCAGUGAAUACAACCCAGACGGAAAUGCAGAGAAACCGUGUUUCUAAAACACAGGUGAAGCCCACGCAACAACCCAGACGUCCGAGUGCUCCUCAAAGCAUCCGCAAACCAAACCCAUCGACGAACAGAUCCGAUGUGAACCGGAGAAAAGAUGCUUUCUUCGUUGAUGCCGCUAAAUCCAAAUCUGUCAGCUCUGACACAAUCAGAACGACGAGAGCGAGCGCCUCUUCGACUCUCUCUAAACCUGCGAAUAAUGAAGCAGCAGCGCUCAGCAAAAAUAAACCGCCUGCUGCUGUUAAACUAACCAACGCCACUGCGUCCGCCAAACGGGCCGGCCGAAGCUCCAGGAGUUGUGUUCUGCCGGCUCCAGAGCUUCAGAUCUCCAGCCAGACUCCCAAAUCCAGACUGUGUCCCGGCACUCAAGGAGUCCGGACCGCUCCGCGAGAUGGAGCGCAGAAGCCCACUGCAGCUCAGGAGGACCGACUGCGUAAGCUCCAGGAGUGGAGGGAGUCCAGGAGCAUCACAUAUAAACGUCCCCCCAUGCCUGUCCAGCUGGUGAGGAGGAAGACUGUCUCUGCUAUUCCUCAGCCAUACUGGACUUCUAUGGAGAAUGAAGAUGAGGUUCAUGACAUUGUCUUUGCUGUGGACCGAUCGCUGGAUGACUGCAUUCAAUUAUUACAGCAAGGGUUUCCGGCGGAGCGGGUCAGAGACGUGCUGUCUCGGGUGCCAAUGGCACAAUUUGCUAAAUACUGGAUCUGUCAGGCCAGACUGAUGGAAAGAGAGGGAGACCUGGAGGUGCUGGCCAUGUUUUUUGAGGAGGUCAUUGUUGUGGUAGGGGUGCCGGUGGAUGAGCUGCGUUCUGUGGUUUUUGAGAUCCUUAAAAAGAGACAGAGUCAAGGUUCGUCUCUGACGCCAAAAGACUCUGAGGCUGAAGAGACCGGAGUGUGUGAUGAAGAGGACGGCGAUGACAUCAUACACACCCCAAAACCCAUCAGUGCCCUCAUAUCUGGAGCGAGGGGAGACUCGUCUGUCGUCAAGUACCAGAUCUCAGCCACCCCGGGGGGCAAAAGGAGUCAGCGAGGAGCAGAAGCAGGACAAGUGGACGGUCAUGAGAUCCGCUUCUUUACCCCGGUGCGCCGCUCGGUGCGGAUCGAGAGAAGCGCUCGGCGUUAUCCCACAGCGUUGCAGGAACACGGGCCCUGUGUGACCUCUCUCUGUGAGCUUGCAGGUGAGCGUCAGGAAGAGGUCAAAUGUCAGAGCUCUCCUGUGUAUGUGUACCGUGAGAACGAAGCGCUGGCAGACCGCGUUCACGUCACGCUCGUUUAUCCAGAGGAGGAUGAGACGUGAUGAUGAUUAUCAGCACGCUCCGACCUUGAAUCGCUUUCAUUCUGCGUUCACUAUUUCUCUGUAAAAUAUUAGCAGCUGAUUUCAGCCAGAAUUUCUGCUUUUUACUGUACUGUUAGAUGUUAGCUGAGUGGUUCAUACCUUCAUUGCUGUUGUACAGAAAAGAUGAUGUUUGUGCUGCAAAAGAUUUUAUAAUUUAUAACUUUAGUUAUAAUUUAUGGAUUAGACUCAAUCUCUGCAUGAAUCUUAUUAAAGCAUAUUUGAGUCAGCUGUAAUUCUGUUCCAUUGCAAGUGGGGAGUUAUUGAGCUUUGUUUUUAGAUCGUUUCUCAUUGGUGUUAUGUGAUACGACUUCAUCUACAUCUUGAUUGUUUAUUAAAUUUUGAAAUGCUGA